GAGGGAAGCAGAACAGGGAGGCCCCGUGGGACGCUGGGGUCUGGGGGAGAGCAGGUAGCAGCGAGCUGCCCUGACAGCUGUCAUUGCUCCUCAGAUUGUCAGUGGCUGCUAUGUAGCAGGUGCAGCCUGCUCUCUUGCUAAGUCUUUACUCCACAAAGGCAACGACUGGCCAAGGCAGUGGCUGGCCCUGGAUUACACAAGUGCAGACACUCAACCAAGUGAGCUGGAAGACCCAGGGGAAGGCCAAGGCGCAGGUGCCCACAUGAUCAGCACAGCCAGGGUACCUGCGGAUAAGCCAGUACGCAUCGCCUUCAGCCUUGAUAAUGCCUCAGAUGAUGCACCUCCUGAAGACGCCAUUCCUCUGGUCUUUCCAGAAUUAGAACAGCAUCUACAGCCUCUGCCGCCUUGUCAUGACUCGCUGGAAUCCAUGGAGGUGUUCAAACAGCACUGCCAAAUAGCGGAAGAAUACCAUGAGGUCAAAAAGGAAAUCGCUCUGCUUGAGGAAAGGAAAAAGGAGCUGCUUGCCAAGCUGGAUCAGGCGGAAAAGGAGAAGCUGGAUGCUGCUCAGCUGGCUCGGGAAUUCGAGGCGCUGACGGAGGAGAACCGGACGUUGAAGUUGGCCCAGUCACAAUGUGUAGAGCAACUGGAAAAACUGAGAAUACAGUAUCAGAAGAGACAGGGCUCCUCCUAACUUUAAAUUAUUCAAUGUAAGCCUAAGAGGUUGGUGACCGCCAUGCACUGGCCAAAAGAUUUUUAUUUUAAAGAGAUGGUGAAUAAAAUCUAUUUCUUCUCUUAUUACCUGCAUGGCAAAGGUCUAUAAUGAGUUUAAUGCUGGCCAGAUCUAGUUUGAGAGAAGGGAUAUUUUAUUUUAAAUAAGAGAAUUAAAGCGAACUUAUCACCAGUAUAUGUUUUCAGAGAUCAUAAUUCUUUUCCAAAGAUAUUUUUUUUCUUAUUUAGGAAGCUAUGAUGCUGUUGUACAUCUGGGUAGAAAAUGAUAAAAAUAC